GGAGCUGCAAUAAAUAGCUUCUAUCUGUUACAAAAGUUGCGAGAAGAGUUUGGCUUUUAAGAACAGAGAGAUUAACUUCGCAUUUACAAAAAAAAAAAAAAAAAAAAAAAGGAUUUAAAAAGAUGGACUAUUCGCACCCGGUGCCGUCAGAUCUCACACCAGAGGAGAAGUCAGAGCUUCACACCAUCAGCAUGCAUAAGAAAACCCUCAUGGAAGACAUACAGGAAUUGAAGAUGAAAAUAGAGGAAGUGAUUUCUGAAAUUGAAGACUUUGAGCAAUCGCAAGAAAACAAAAAUGUUGAAAGAGGGAAACAGUUAUCUGCUGGCAAGAAGAAAUUCAACAUGGACCCAAAACAGAUGAGCAUGUACAUCCAGAUUUUGAAGGCUUUUGUGGAACUUCAUGAAUUUACGGAUCUCAGUCUUGUCCAGGCUCUGAGGCAGUUUCUCUGGAGCUUCCGUCUGCCCGGAGAGGCACAGAAGAUCGAUCGGAUGAUGGAGACGUUUGCUAGCCGAUACUGUCGCUGCAAUCCCAACGUCUUUCAAUCCACAGACACCUGCUAUAUCUUAUCCUUUGCCAUCAUCAUGCUGAACACCAGUCUGCACAACCCCAGCGUGAAGGACAAGCCUGGUCUGGACAGAUUCAUCUCCAUGAACCGAGGCAUCAACAACGGAGAGGACCUGCCCCACGACCUGCUCCACAAACUGUUCGAAAGCAUCCGGAACGAACCGUUUAAAAUCCCGGAGGAUGAUGGGAAUGACAUCACGCACACGUUUUUUAACCCCGAACGGGAGGGCUGGCUAUUGAAGCUGGGUGGAAGAGUAAAGACCUGGAAAAGAAGAUGGUUCAUUUUAACUGACAGCUGCCUCUAUUACUUCGAAUACACAACAGAUAAAGAGCCCAGAGGGAUUAUUCCUCUUGAGAAUCUCUGUGUUAAAGAAGUAGAGGACCCUCGGAAAUCACACUGCCUGGAGUUGUUCAACCCGAACAGUAGGGGGCAGAAGAUCAAGGCCUGCAAGACGGAGACGGACGGGAGAGUGGUGCUGAGCAAGCACCAGUCCUACAAGAUCUCCGCGGCGACCGCGGAGGAGAGAGAGCAGUGGAUCAAAUCUAUCAGAGCCAGCAUUACAAAAGACCCCUUCUAUGAUCUGGUGUCCACUCGGAAGCGAAAAGUGAUCACCAGCGUGACCUCAGAGUGACAGUGCAGUCCUGCGUCGCUAUUGGAGACUGCGCUGGAGAGAUUUGUUCGCUGGAUUUAAAGCUGCAUCGGGGUUAAGAUACGGAGGAUUUCAAAAUGUCUGAAAUGUCAUGUUUUAUUUGUAUAUUUCUAUGU